AUGUCACCCGGAGCAGUUGGGCCAGCCUCGGGCACAUCAUUCAAGAAAGAGUCAACGGUGGCACGUUUAUUAGGUUCUGGUUCUGCCGGUAUUGCCGAAUUGGCCGUCUUCCAUCCUGUCGAUACUAUCGCAAAACGAUUGAUGAGCAACCAGGGAAAGAUUAUCAACGCAACACAAUUGAACACUGUUAUCUUUAAGGACAAGGCCGCCGCACCUGUAGGAAAGAAGUUCUUUUCGCUAUUUCCUGGACUAGGAUAUGCAGCUGGAUAUAAGGUUCUUCAACGAAUCUACAAGUAUGGCGGUCAGCCAUUCGUGCGAGACUAUCUUGCCAAAAACCACGGUACGACCUUCACAAACACAUUUGGAGACAAGACUGGCAAAGCUAUGAUGAGUUCAUUUGCUGGAAGCAUAAUUGGUAUUGGAGAGAUCGUCCUUCUUCCAUUGGAUGUGCUCAAGAUCAAGCGUCAAACAAAUCCCGAGGCAUUCCGUGGUCGAGGCGUAGUUGCGAUUGUUAGAGAUGAGGGCUUUGGGUUAUACAGAGGUUGGCAAUGGACUGCGGCCAGAAACGCCCCAGGAUCAUUCGCCCUCUUCGGUGGUUCCGCGUUCACCAAAGGUUAUCUCUAUGGAUUGUCAGAUUAUAAUAAGGCAUCCUGGUUCCAAAACUUUGUUGCCUCCAUCGCUGGAGCAUCUGCUUCGUUGCUAGUCUCUGCACCCCUUGAUGUUAUCAAGACCCGAAUUCAGAACAGAAAUUUCGAGAACCCCGAGAGCGGUUUCAAAAUCGUUAGCAGCAUGAUGAAGAACGAAGGUCCAUCGAGUUUCUUUAAGGGCUUGGUACCAAAGCUUUUGAUGACUGGUCCAAAACUGGUCUUCUCAUUCUGGCUCGCACAAACUUUGAUUCCAGCUUUCGAUUCUGCUCUGUCCAAGUAA